UACAAAAUGGCGGAUGAAGUUGCCUGAAUAGCCUUCCAAGUUUUUAUGACUUUUUAGCCCAUUUUAAUACUUAUUGUAAGGUUUUGCACAAUGGAUUCUGACGAUGGWCUUAUGCUGAACAUUGUGGAGUCCAAAAAUGAUGAGGUUGUGGCUUCGAUUCCAGACAAACGAAGUAUUACCAAGUGGAAAGAAAGAAGACAACAGAGGAGAAAGAAGGUUACCUCGUUUAAAGAAAAGCAGAWCCUAGACAGAAGAGAAAAGACAUUAAAUAAUAAUAAUGAUUGUAUGAUAAGCAGCAACGAUCUAAAAUUGGAUGACCAAGAUAGCAGUAAAACUAAAGAAUCAACCAAACUCACUUCAAAACCACAGGUGAUUUCAAGCCUUUUCAGACACAAUCCAGAAAUCCCUAAAGUUAAAAGCUCCAGUAAUUCUAAAGACAAUGAAAAGGAAGGUCMAUCAGAUAAACCACUCUUCUCUGGAGACAAGUUUAGUGAGCUUUYUUUAUCACCUCAUAUGGUGUCCAAUUUAGAAAAUAACUUACAAAUGACAACAUUGACCAGCAUACAAAGGUCUGCAAUACCAGCACUUAUUGAAGGCAAAGAUGUUUUUGUCAAGUCAAAGACUGGAUCAGGAAAAACUCUCUGUUAUGCUCUCCCAAUAGUUCACACACUACAAAAGAUUAGGCCUAAAAUAGAGAGAUGUGAUGGUCCUUAUGCAUUGGUUUUGGUCCCAACAAGGGAGCUUGCUCUUCAAAGUCUUGGUCUUCUCCAGAAGCUUGUCAAGCCAUUUCAGUGGGUCGUCCCAGGAUUUGUCAUUGGAGGAGAAAAGAGAAAAUCAGAGAAGGCUAGAUURCGUAAAGGUAUUAAUAUCUUGGUGGCUACUCCAGGACGCUUACUUGAUCACAUUGAGAAAACAACAUGUUUGGAUUUGAGGAAGAUCAGAUGGAUAGUWCUUGAUGAAGCUGACAGGUUAGUGGAAAAAAUAGAAAAUCCUGCAUCCAUUCCCUGGUUCUGCUUUACCAUUUACAAAGUGACUUUCUGUCUUAAAAUAUUGAUGGACAAUUUUCUCCAACUACAACCUUACUACUGUUGUUUUUCAGGUGUGGAAAAGCUUGUUCACAUGUUCUUGUCAGAUCCUCAGUUUGUGGAUGAAAGUGGAACAAAAGAUGCUACUGACAGACAAACAAAUGAGCCUAAAAAUAUACCUCAUGCUGUACAAGAAGACGACACUCAAAACACCCCACAGCAGUUAAAACAGUUUUUUGUGAUUGUACCCAGUAAGAUGAGGCUCAUAGCACUGGCUGCAUUUCUUAUUGCAAAACACAAUGUGCAUACAGUUAGUCACCCCUGUAAGAGUAUUGUGUUUCUAUCAAGUCGAGACUCAGUGGACUUUCAUCAUACUUUGUUGCUAUCAGUGCUUUGUGAAGCUGAGGGAAGGAAAUUCAAGCUGUUUAAACUUCACGGCAACAUGUCCCAAUCUGAACGUACAGAGGUGUUCAGUGAGUAUAGUUCUUGUACAGGAGGUGUUUUACUAUGCACGGACGUAGCUGCACGAGGCCUUGACCUCCCUAAUGUUAACUGGAUAGUCCAGUACAAUACUCCAGGCAGUGCUGUAGACUAUAUACAUCGAGUAGGACGAACGGCGAGGAUUGGUACCGAAGGACAAGCUCUUAUCUUUCUCACCCCCUCAGAAGCUGGGUAUUUGGAUACACUUGCAGAACACUCCAUAAGACCGAAAGAAGUGUUAGUCUCAGAUAUCUUGCRAACUCUUUUGCCUGCUGAGAAAACAAAGCCUGAUAAACGAGGAAAGAAUAAAGAUUCCAUUGAUCAUCAAGUACAAGACACAGCUACAAGUCUGCAGUUGAAAUUCGAAGAAUUCGUCUUGUCGAAUGUAGAGCAUAUUAAAUCGGCUAAAAAAGCUUAUCAGUCAUUCGUGCGCUCUUAURCCACAUUCCCCGCCGAUCUAAAACACAUAUUCCACAUCAAGAAUCUGCACCUAGGUCACGUGGCUAAAGCAUUUGCUCUCAGGGAUGCACCCACGGGGAUGUUUGGUCAAGGGAAGAACAAGAGGAAGAAAGAAAAAACAAGGUAA